GGUUUUGAGUGAUUAGGGGAAAAAAAUUACCGAGACUCACUGUCUGAUUCUGCAGUACUGCUCUCUCCUCCGUCGCCACCGCCACCUGUCGCCGUUAAUUAACUUUUCGAGUUUUUCUAGUAGCAUUAAAGAAAGCAUAUGACACAAAAAUGAUGGCUGAAUCGUGUGUAAUUUCGAUAAAAACGGAGCCUCAACCCGAAAUUGAUUGGUCCAAUGAGCUCGAUCAUGUUCCGUUCCUGCUCCGUCGUCAAAUGUUACUGUCAAGCAAGCUCAUAAAUUCCUGCUCUACUACUAAUAAUAACAAUACCAGUUCAACGACUCUGACGAACGGUGAUAUAAAAAAUGAAUUCGAUUCUCAGGGAUUUCCAAAUGGAAAAGAGACUCAUGAACAGUCAAUGCAACUGCAAAAUGAUGAAACUAAAUCUUCUUCUGCCGUUCAUCUUGUAGCACCACACAAUGAAGUUCAAGCGGGUUGUGGUAUAGCUGAUAAGUGUUCAGAAAAGGACUCUGCUUGUCAAGUAACGGCCUUGCCAGAUGAUUGUAUCGUCCCUGAAAUUGAAUCGCAUAGUUCACAAAAAGACAGCGCCAGCUGCACCAUUAAUGGUAAUGUGCAAAUACCGAAGCUUGAUAGUGAAAUUUCCAGAGACUGGAAGGACUUUGCAGAUGAUCUGGAUCACAUUGUACUGAAAGAACGGCAGAGGAUGCUCCUUCUAAGUAAAUUAUUGAGAUCGGAGAAGCCAGUUCGACAGGAGACACCCGUGGAGUUAAAUCCAAUAAAGACUACUACUAAUAUACCUGCAAGAAGAAAUAGCAUGCGCAGUUCAACUAUGUUAAACUUGGCCAAAGUGAAGGCUGAACCAUUGUAUAGUAGUGAAUUGCACAAGCCAGGCAUGAGUGCUGCUGCUAACCUCUCAUUGAACAUAAAAUCUGUGAAGAGUGAAGUGAAUGUCUCUGCUGAACUGAAUAGAGAUGAGGUAGAUGACAUGCAAUUGCAACAGCGGAUGAAGCUACAGAUACCAGAAAAAGAUUCCAAAUCAAAUACUUCAGACAAUUUUCAGUGCUCGGGGAAAGGUUUCCCUUCUGUUGAGGAAGGCCCUACUGUUAUGCAAGCUACAAACCCAAUACGUACUAGUUGGCCACGGAAAAGGAAGAAAACUGCCACGGAUUCAAUUGAAACAGCUCUAGAGGAAGAUGCUCCCGGACUUCUGCAGGUGUUGAUUGAACAAGGGGUGUCAAUUGAUGAAAUGAAGCUUUAUGGAGAGACAGAAAAUGAUGAACCCAUUGAUGAAUCAUUCAUUGAAGAUGGCUUUGCAGAUCUUGAAGCUGUUAUAUCAAAGAUAUUUUUUCACCAGAGCUCCUUUUUAAAGUUUGGUAUUUUAAAGUGCACAAAGGGUACAAAACCCAGUUAUUGCUUGGCUUGUCUAUUCUCACUUGUGGAGCAGACACGAUAUCUUAGAUUCCGCAAUUGGCCUGCUGAAUGGGGUUGGUGUCGAGAUCUCCAGUCAUUUAUAUUUGUCUUUGAAAGGCAUAAAAGAAUAGUGAUGGAACGUCCUGAGUAUGGCUAUGCAACCUACUUCUUUGAGCUAGUUGACUCCCUAACCAUUGAUUGGCAGGUCAGGCGGUUGGUGACUUGUAUGAAACUUACUAAUUGUGGCAGAAUUAACCUAAUUGAGAAUAAGACAUUAACGGUUGGAGAAGAUUUAGCGGAGGGCGAGGCGAAAGUGUUAAUGCAGUAUGGUUGGGUACCAAAUAGCGGCUUGGGGACUAUGCUUAACUACCGUGACAGAGUGUUUCACGACAGGAAGAAUGAGAAAGACACGUCAGAAUGGAAAUCAAAAAUAGGUAAGUUACUGAUGGAUGGUUAUAAAGGGGGAAGUCUGGUUUCAUCUAGUAUUCAGGAAAAAUCUUCAGAAAUUAUGGAUGAUGAGACCCCUGAAAUUAAGACGGAACUGUAAUCUAGUCUCAUGGUGUGCUUAUUGUUAGAAUUUGAUAGAUGAAGCAAUCACUAGGUUUGUGCACAGUGAAUCUAACCCUUAAAAUAUCCAAAAUAGGUCAUCCAAGUCUGAAGUUUAAAAAAAUUCAAAUCUGAUUUGUAUUUCAUAUACAUGUGUGUGUGUGUUGGAGGCUUGAUGGACUGUGAAUUACAUAACAUGAAUAUAUUAUUACUUUA